AUACAUAUUGGUUGUGUACGACUUGUAUGUACUUUAAAUGUAUCUCUGUUCAACUAUCUAAGUUUCAAUCAAUUUUGAGCUAUUUUCUUGUGAUCGGUUUUCACUUUUUGUUGACUUUAUUUGAUUGUGAGCGGUGAAUGUUUUUGAUUUCAAUAUUUGGAACAAAAGAUUAAAAUUAUAAUUCGAUCAUCAUUGCUCAGUCUGCAGACUUCAGUGUAAAUAUGUAUUUUUUGUACGAAUGCAAAUGCUGUAGAUAGACAAGAGGAAUUAAAGCUAUGGUAACAUCAGUAACUGAAGACGAGACAUAACUAGACAUUUAAACGGCCAAAGACCUUCAAUAAUAGGGCAAUACCAACAAAAACAACCACCGCCACAACAACAACAGCGUGGCCAUCCACAAGUAUGAUGCAUCAGCAUCAAAAUGAUGAAAUGUUGCCGACGACAGAGUCGCUGAAUGAUGUGUUCCGGUGUUUUAUUUGCAUGGAAAAAUUGCAAGAAGCUCAUCUGUGUCCGCAUUGUUCGAAAUUGUGCUGUUAUCUGUGCAUAUCGCGAUGGUUGAAUGAGCAACGUCGUCAGUGUCCACAUUGUCGGGCUCCAUUAAAUGUCCAAGAGCUCGUAAAUUGCCGGUGGUUAGAAGAAGUAGCCGUUCAAGUCGAAUCGCUACAGCAAAUUUGUGCGAAUGUCAAAGCCGGCUUGGGACAAAGUGAAAAUGAUCAAUGCACCACACACAACGAAAAAUUGUCCGUUUAUUGUGGCACGUGCAAAAAGUGUAUUUGCCAUCGGUGUGCGCUGUGGGGUGGGACGCAUUGUGGGACGCAUUCAGGACAUACAUUCAAACAACUUGAACUCGUUUACGAAACCCAUAUCGCACAAGUGAAAGAAGAGGUGUCACAGCUUCGUAGCCGUUUGAUGGAAUUGGUUUCGAUGGUCAAAGACGUUGAACAUAAUGUGGAAACGGUGCGAGCGGCUAAAGAUGAAAAAGUUCGUGAAAUUCGAAAUGCGGUUGAGCUGAUGGUAAAUCGAUUGGAUUCACAUUUAAAACUAAAAUUGGUGACAUUGAUGAGACAAAAAAGUUCAUUGAACCAUGAAACUGAGCAGCUUGAACAAUUGCUAGAUGAAAUUGAACAUCAAAUAAAUUCAUGUUCACGAUCACAAUUGAUAAUGAAAUCGCCAGAACUAUUGAAAAUGAUUCAUCAAGUUCGCUUGAAGCCAAUGUCAUGCUAUGUCAUGGCACCGGUGCCAGCCGAUUUUAUAAGCGAAAUUGUACCAGCCUAUGAUACAGGCAUAUUCAUUCUGGAACGUUUCACAUCACUACAACGAAAGGGUGUACCUGUUUAUUCAAACGAAUUGAAUGUCAACGGAUUACAAUGGCGACUCAAAGUGUAUCCCUAUGGCAAUGGCAAUGUACGCGGUGAAUAUUUGAGCGUUUUUCUCGAACUAUUCUCGGGCUAUCCGGAGACAAGCAAAUAUGAAUAUCGCGUACAAAUGAUACAUCAAACGUCAUCAAAAGUCAUUCAACGUGAAUUCGUUUCGGAUUUUGAAGUUGGCGAAUCAUGGGGAUAUAAUCGUUUUUUUCGCUUGGAUUUGCUUGCGUCUGAAGGUUAUUUGAAUACGUUACGUGAUUCGCUUGAGCUUCGUUUUCAAGUUCGUCCAUCGACAUUCUUUCAACGAUGUCGCGAUCAACAAUGGUACAUAAAUCAGCUGUUGAAAAAACAAUGGCACCAUGAAACGGAAAUCAAGCAGCUAAAAGAUCGCUUGAGACGUGAAACAUUAAAAAAUAAACACAACUCGAGUAAUGCAAUUGCAAACAGUGGCAGUAGCAUCACAGAAAUCGGUUCUUCAUUGUCUGGCGGUGCCAAUUCAACGUCAUCAACAAUUUCGGUUGGCGAAAAUUGCCAACUAAUUUCGGUAAAUCUGGCCAGCACAUCCACAUCAUCAUCAACCACAUCGUAUUCAUCUUCCUCAGCAUCAUCCGAAUCAACUGAUAUGCCAUCGUGUUCCGGUGCAAGAACAAAGCACUCUUCGUCUAAUGAUACGCACAAUAGUAAAAAAUCUAGCAAUUCAAACGGAAAAUCAAGUACAAGAUCGACAAAAGUCGGUGAAACAUCUUCAAAAUAUGAAGAAUUAUACAACGAUUGCGUUGAUCGACCAAUACACAUUAAGUCAACUGCCAACGAUGAAGCCAAUAACGAACGAAAGGAUAUCAUGGCAAACGGUGAUUUAUUUUCUGAUCUCUUACAAAAUAUCUAUGCAAACAAUAUUAAGAUAGAUUCGAAGUAUUCCACUCGUGGAUCAAAUGCAAAAGUCACCCCAUUUAUGAAAAACACAUCAAGAUCAUUCACGCUUGGUCAAUCGAUUUCAUCGCCAAAUUUGCGCUCCGCUCUAAAGACCACUUCAAAUUCGGAUGAAGAAUUGCAUGGAAAACAAAAGACAUGUGCUUUUGGUAAGCUACAUGAGAGCUCCGAAGAGGAUAAUGAAUUGGAAGAGGUGCAAGAGACAAUAUCGGGCGAGAAUGAUGUUGAAUAUGUUGAAUUUUCAUUGAAUGUCCGAACAUCGCCCGAACAAAUUCAACAAAAUUCAAUUGACAGUGGUGGUAGCUCAAAUGGCAACAGUGAGCCAAUCGUAACAAAUAGUUUGGAUGAUUUUAUGGCAUUACCGAUCUCAACAUUACCCAACAUAUCAAACAUAUCUGAUACACGUAAUCGCUACAGAGCGCCAGUUACAUCUGCCAGUGUAUUUGAUGCACUUAUUGAAGAGCCAAAAAUGAGUUUUACCGUUCUUAACAAUGAUGGUUCGAAUGUUCGUGAAAGUUCAACAAAAAAACCGUCCGAAUCAAGUUCAUCAUCAUCAGCAUCAUCAGAAUCACAUGCUGCGUAUAGUUUGGCUAAGCAACAAACCAAUACGAGCGGCAUGGCAUCUUCCAUUUUACAAAUUAAAUCACCAAAUGACAGUGAAACGAAUACAAAUCGUUGGAAUUUUAAUUCGAAUUUAGCAUCGAAUUGUCAUUCUGAUGUCAACAUUGAAAUCAAUCAUCACAAUAACAAUGAGGAAAAUGCACGAAAUCUAUCUUAUAAUUUUUAUGGUCAAAAAUUAAAUAAGCUAAUGGACGAAUUCAAUCUGGGCAGCAAACAGAAACGAAAUAAUAAUCGUGGCGGAUACAGCGAAUCAAAUAAAUCAGAAUUAUUGCGUAAUAUUCAUGGUUUGGAAAAUCGUUCCAGUGUUGAUUCACAUUUUUGGACGAAUAUCCUUGGCGAUAACAGUCGUGAUCAAUGCCAAUCAAACAGCAUUGAUAUGAAUGAUGUCGAUGUGAUUAAUCGCAAUUUAAAUAUGCUGAAUUAUUCGUUGAGUUCAAGUAAGUUCACACCAUCGUCAUCAUCUCAACCAAAAAUGAGUAAUAAUUCUUGUGACGGAUCCAAAGCAAUGAUACCGUCAAAACGGAAUUUAAAUCAAUUCAAGGAAUUCACUGGUCGCGAUUUGAAUGGAACAAAUAACGCAUUACGCCUCGAUUAUAAUGAUUUGGCUGUGACAAAUGACCAAGAAUCAGCUGAGAUAGUAGUACAAACAACAUCAAAAGAAAAAGAAAAAAAAUCACCAUCAAUAGCCAACAACUGGCAUCUAAUUUUAAGAAAAUCAAUCAUCCAAAUGGAAAAGAAGCAAAAUUUACGUACGAACCAAGUACCUGCAAAGGUACUGAUCUCUGAACCACGAAAAACCAACCAAGAUGCAACUGGUAGACGUCGUCGCGAAUUUCCCAGUAGUUUUUCCCAAGCUCAAAAAUCAGAUCGAUCGACAUAUAACGGUAAUAACAAUCAACACAAACAACAACAACAAACACAACCGCAGCAACAUCAAAUCUUUGCACCAAAAUCACGGGGCCAUGAUGCCAAGCGCAUCGGCAACCGCAAUUAUAACAGCAACAAUGAUGGCUAUACAGGGGCUACAUCGUCUUCGGGCGCCCGAUUAAAUCAUUACGAUGAUGACGAUUGUACGGACUUAAUCAAUGAUGAUUUUAAAAUCGAACUGAACUCUGUUUAUUUACCGGGCAGUAAAAAACAGAAUUUGAAUCAUUUGCUUAACUUCAGCUAUGCACGCGAACGAAAUGAUUCAACGAAUUAUAUGCGUUCGGGCAAGAAUCAUACUUAUGUCAAACGAAUCAAAUAUAAUAAGGAACAUUUUUUGCAAGCAAAUUGUCAAUUUGUUGUAAAAGCAAAAGGAGAUUAUACACCGUAUACCAUUUCACCAGACACUCUUGUUGAAUGGUCAACCAUCGAACAAAUCAACUUUUUUGGCAGCAGCGAAGAGCCACAGUGUCCAAUUUGUUUGUAUCAUCCCGUUGCUGCUAAAAUGACACGUUGCGGUCAUGUCUAUUGUUGGCCAUGUAUUUUACAUUAUUUGGCAUUGUCUGACAAAAAAUCAUGGCGAAAGUGUCCAAUAUGUUAUGAAGCUGUACAUAUUGGCGAUUUACGGAGUGCCGUUUCAAAACCACAUCGCAAUUACUUGUGCGGUGAAUCUGUAACAUUUGUUUUAAUGUGCCGUAGCAAAGAUUCACUUCAAGUGCAAACGGCUGAAACAAUGUCAUCCAAAUCAAAAACAUUGGCCGCACAUUUUCCAUGUUUCUCUGAUGACGCUGACAAUUUAAAACAUAGCAAAUUGGUAUUGGCCCAGCCACAUGAAGUUCUAUCGAUUAUUGCACGUGAACGUUCCGAAUUAAGGUGUCAAUUGGUAUCGGACGGCAUUGAUUGUCCCGAUUCAAUAUUUGUUCAACAAGCUUUAAGCCUAUUGGAAGAACGUGAACAAGAGAUUUGUGCACAAGUUGCCAACAAUAAUCACACCACUGAAUGUCGGUCUGUUGAACCAAUUGCAUCGUCGUUGACUGGCCUGAAUACGGCCAUUGAAAAAAUCAAUUUAAAUGUAGAUGCCAAAGAUUUCAUUCCAUUCAAUCAUAAACAUGAUGAAAAUGAUGUGCAACAACAAAUGGAACAACAACCAAAUUCACCAUUGGACGAUUUAGACUAUUUCACAAUUGAUACCGAUGGUGAUUUAACAUUGAGCGAUAUUGCGAUUGCGGCACCCGAGAAUCCAACGGCCGCAAAUGAAAAUUGUUUCUAUUUUUAUCAGUCAAGUGAUGGACAACAUUUGUACUUGCAUUCAAUCAAUAUUCGUAUGUUGCAAGCAAUGUUUGGUUCAUUGGAACAUGCACCAAAAACAAUAAACGGUCGCAUUCUACAAAAAGAAUCGUGCUCAAUGACUGAUGAGCUACGUAAGCGUUUGAAAUAUUUACAACAUUUGCCGGUCACAUGCCAAUUUGAUGUGGUUGAAAUUGAAUUUGAAUCAUCAUCGGCCAUCAUAUCGAAUGACGUUCAAGCCAAAUUCAAAGAUGAAUUAAUACAACGGCACAAAAAUCGCCAACGCCGUGCACGCGAAGAAUGCAAACGUGAAAAGCACAUUGAUCGCGAAAAUGAACGACGCAUUGGAAAGAUCAUUCAUACUGCCAUCAAUAUCGAUGUCUCUUCGGAGCAGCAAUUUCCAAGUUGCGUAAGUUUUGAUGACAAUUCGUUUCCCACGCAUAGCCCAUUGCAGACAACGAUGAACGAAGCUCCAAAAGGAGGUAUCAACAAACCUGGACCAUCAUUUGCUAAGAUGUUAACAUCGCCACGGACGGCAAAUACAGAACUUUGGCCAACAUUGAGCCGACCAAAAGAGGUGAUGAUGGUACAUGGGGAUGUGCCAAAAUCGGCUAGUGGUUUUGUAAGCGAUCGAGAUAAUGGUACGAGCAUGGCUGCGGCAGCUGUUGAGCAUUCAGAUGAAGAUAGUGUCGAUUUUGCCACCAAUGAUCUGGAAACAACAUAUGCUCGCCCUGAAUUUAAUGAAAGUUUUGGUAUGGCCAUUGCAGAGGCACUCAAUAAAGCGGCACAUUCGAAAAAUCCACGCAAACAACAUCAAAUCGAGGUACCACCACAUUGCCAAACCAGCAUUAGCAAAAAGAAGAAAAACACAAAAAAAACCAUUCUGUUUUCAACUGGAAAUCGAACAUUCGAUAGAAAAUAGAUUUACAAACGAAUAUAAAUUUUUGCUUAUCCUAUUUUUGUUGGGGGAACAAUGAUUGAAUCACUGACUCUAAUGAUGAUAGCUUUUUUUAAUUUGAAAUGCAUGAAUCAUUCGCAAAGAAUUUAUUUUAGUUACAUCCUUAUGUUAAUUAUGAAUUUUUUUUCUAAAUCAAAAUUAUUAUUAAAAUGAAAUCGAAUGAUUCACACACUUACACACCCUGGUUUAUAUAUAUUUAUCAAUAAUAUUCAUCAUUUGUUUCAAGUAUCUAAAGCCUUGCUUCAACUAACAGAAAAACAAAAAUCAAAAUUCGAUUUUUUUACUAUUGGGAUUAGUCAUGAUUUUGAAUUAAAAUAA